UUCCUCUGCAUCACUUCCGCCUCCCUCCAGUGGAUGGGAAUUCGCCGCUGCCGAGUUACAGAGCUUCCGGUUUCUGCUUUAGCUGUACACGGCGGUUGGGAAGAGCGGGUCUGCCCCGGCAAGCGGCGGUAAUUGUGUGCCGUACUCCGCACAGGAGAGCCGGAGAGCCUGGUGAGCCGUGUGUGACCUCCGUACAUCAUGGCUUAUCAGCUGUACAGGAACACCACACUGGGCAACAGUCUGCAGGAGAGCCUGGACGAGCUGAUACAGUCUCAACAGAUUAACCCUCAGCUGGCGCUACAAGUACUGCUUCAGUUUGACAAGGCGAUAAAUUCUGCACUGGCACAGCGAGUCCGAAACAGAGUCAACUUUAGGGGAUCAUUAAAUACAUAUCGGUUUUGUGAUAACGUCUGGACCUUUGUUCUAAAUGAUGUCGAGUUCAGAGAAGUGACUGACCUGGUGAAGGUGGAUAAAGUAAAAAUUGUAGCCUGCGAUGGGAAAAACACUGGUUCAAACACUGCGGAGUAAGCAGGACCGGACACAAACUGCAUUGGUUUCUGAAGAACUACAGCCUUUCCUUGAGAGCCAUGGACAAGACUGUUUAUUUAUGUCACUGAGAUCUCCCAGACAAGCUAUCACAUCCAAACAGGAUUCCAAAUAUUUUGGUAGUCUAUUUCUCACCUCCAUUUACACAAAAGGUUGUUACGAAAGUGUUUUUUUAUACAGAUGUGAAGUUGCCUUUUUGUUUUGGGGAAAUAUGUCAAAUAAACUUUUAUUUAAUAAAUGUGUGCUGAAAGAUGA